UGGAAGGGAAGGGAGGAAAAAUCUUUUCUAAGGGAACUGUGCGUUGGAAUAUAAUUGUGCGUGCUCCACGCAGCCUACGGUCCGCCCUCUGCUUCGGGCAAUAGCGAUCUCUUGAGCUGGAGGACCAUCGAAAGCACCACCGAAAGGAGAGGAAAAGCGAGCCUUCCCCGCGGAAGUACGCGAUUCCAUCUCCUAGGUAACCAACAACGCAGGCGUCUGGCCGCGAGCGAGGUGGGUGCCCGUCCGAGGCCCGGCUGCAGGCGGCAGCUUCGGUUGCCUUUGCGAGGAAGCCUGGUGGCUCUUUCUCCGAGGAAGAGGGAUACUCUACACAAAUACAGGAAUUGGCAGUGCCAUUCAGACAAAAUUAUGGGAUUAUUUGACAAGCUAGCAGGCUGGCUUGGCCUGAAGAAAAAAGAAGUUCAUGUUUUGUGCCUUGGGUUGGACAAUAGUGGCAAAACAACAAUUAUCAACAAGCUGAAACCAUCUAAUGCUCAAGCUCAAGAUAUUGUUCCCACAAUAGGAUUCAGUAUAGAAAAAUUCAAGACAUCAAGUUUGUCAUUCACCGUAUUUGAUAUGUCAGGUCAAGGCAGAUACAGAAAUCUCUGGGAACACUACUAUAAAGAUUGCCAGGCCAUUAUUUUUGUCAUUGACAGCAGUGACCAACUAAGAAUGGUUGUAGCCAAAGAAGAGCUUGAAACUCUCAUGAAUCAUCCAGAUCUUAAACAUCGCCGAUUACCAAUUUUGUUUUUUGCAAACAAGAUGGACCUCAGGGAUGCUGUUUCAUCUGUGAAAGUCUCUCACUUAUUGGCCCUGGAGAAUAUCAAAGAUAAGCCAUGGCAUAUCUGUGCUAGUGAUGCUCUUAAAGGAGAAGGAUUGCAAGAAGGUGUAGACUGGCUUCAAGAUCAGAUCCAAGUAAUGAAGAUGUGAAAAACUAAUGAGUGAUGAAAGUGACAUGAAGAUCAUUUGUAGAUGUGCAUGAGGAACCUGAAGAUUAAAACUAUUUUAGGUCUGUUUGCUCCCUUCUGCUGGCUUUGUAAAAGCCCAUAAAAGGUAAAAUGUUUUUUGUCUGAAAACGUACUAGCUUAAAAGCACAUUCACGAUGCUGACCAAAACUUAACCUGAGGUCAGAACAUUGCAGUCAUUGUAUGCAAUCUAAAAAUUCUGGUGUUUUUGAGUUACAGACUCAAGAAUAGACAACUUACGGUCAUAACAAUAUGGCUUCCUAAGAGCUUCUCAUUGUGUCUACUAUUCAUAAAUGUUCAUUGUGUUUGUUUGCACAUUACACUAAGCCGUGAUUCGGAGGGAGAUGCAGACGGAAGAAAUUACCAUGUGCAUCAAGCUCACAUGUUCCCUCCUUUCCAUUCCAACUUGGGCAGCUUGUCCUGAAUCUGGGCAUAUUCUGCUCACUUUGAGAACAAGCCAACUUGAAACCGUGGCAGCUAACCAGUGUUCAUUACAAGCCACAAUCCCUGGUCUUUGUGACAUGACAAGAUUCAAGGAAGCAAAACUAAAUGCUGCCAGAUAAAUCCUCUCAUGUGAGAGGUAUACAAGCCCAAGAUGUACUCGUACAUUGACUAUGUUCACAUGGCAUGCUAAGCCACGCUGCAAAUAAGCUGUGCAGUGUGGGUUGUUCUUGGAACAAUCUGUAGUGUCAGGUGACUGGGCACACUGUGGUUUGUUCUCUGUCUCCUUCCUCUUUGGUCUGGCAGUUGUUUGACCAGAGUCCUUGAUGACAGAACUUGUAUUCUUUCCUUACAGAAUAGUACUCCAUGCCCUUCACCUUUUCAGCACUUCCUUAAGUAUCCAGCUAUUCCAGAAAGGAGAGAUACUAACUCUGCUACCAUCAAUUUUCACAGCUCUUUUUCUGUAGUUACAGAAAAAUUCACAAUUCACGAACAAACAACUGAGAUGGGUUGUUCUACCAUGCAAGCCCAGUCAUUUUAGCAAAACAUGCAGCCUUGUGUGCUGUAUGCUGCAUGUGGUGCUCAACUAAGAUCUUGCAUGACAUGUGAACUUGGUUAUUACAAUGGACCUUUACCAGAAUAACAAUACUUUUAUCUUAUACAAAAAAUAAACAAUACCAUUUUAUUUCUUCCAUACAUACUUUAGUUACAUGUCAACUAUAGUUUUUAUAAGCAAUCAUGGAUAUUUAUGAAUUAUUUGCUCCUCAUAUAUGAUGAAUUAUGUGUCCUGUAACAGAUGAAACAAUAUUUUGAUAA